CACUUUGAAACAGCAUGGCGGAUGCGGUGGUGGCGUUGCUCGCUCGCCUCGGAUGCUGCGAUGAUCGAGCCGAGGCCUUGCAGAGCCUCAAGACGGCCGUGUUCGCCUCGCAGCCCUCCACACUCGCCGGCGUCAGCCUGGAGCCGCUCUUCGACAUCCUCGACUGCGGGGAUAGGGAGCACACGGAGCUGUGCUGCGCCGUGCUGGAGCGGGCUCUGCACGGCGAGCAGCCGCAGCGUCUCCUCGCCGCCCAUCGCCACAACCUCACCCGUGGCCUUCUGCACCCGCACGAGCUCGUCCGCCUUCUCUCCCUCACUCUGAUCGAGAGGAUCGUGGGAGACGCGUCGUGCGUCGGCGACAUCGCGAGCCAGCCGGACCUUCUCUCGCACGUCAUCCAGUGCGUCCGGGACGACACCACGUCUGUGGCCACCCAGGCCGUCCGCUGCCUGGCGCGCGUGGCCGCGGCCAGGGAGGGCCUCCAAGCGCUCUUCACCGGCACCCUCCUCGCCAAGCUCAACGGCGUCAUGACGACCAGCGACGUCGUACGCUACCGCGUGUACGAGCUGGUGGUGGAGAUUGCGGGAGCGUCGCCCACGUCGCUGCGCUACUGCGACGAGGCCGGGUUCAUCUCCCGCCUCGUCGCCGAGCUGGUGGGCAACGAUGUGCUCAUCCGCGCGACGAGCGCAGAGACGGUGAGCGGCCUGGUGCGCUCCCCGCACGGCCGUCACCACCUCCUCCACGCCGGCAUCGUGGACCGCAUCGCCGGGCUCCUGCAGGACGCACACAGCGACCCCUUCUGCGACCUCUACCUCCCCGGUGCCGAACACGGAUCAUUAGUUCGCACCGUACAGAGCCAACUGUGCUAA